UGAGUGCAGUUGAUAUACUUCCUGCACGAGCUUGGUAUCGAUUUGUGGUACGUCAAGUUGUGUGGGAGGUUGACAAUUAAUUUUGUGUAGCUGUUUUUGACACCUCUUUAAACUAUCGUUUAGGAUGUUGUAUAUUACUGUAUGUGGGUAAAUGCAUGACGAGCCUUUGCUGUGGCAUUGUGUGCGUGUGUGAGUAUGCAUGUGCACAUUUUAAUAUUUGUAUCAAGCUUCUUAGAAAUGCAUUCAUAGUUUUGUGAAUUGUCUACCGGAAAGUGCAAGAUAUAGCCAGAUUACUAUCUAUAGUAUAUACUGUGUAUGUCACAAUGGAUUCACCACACACACUGGAAGAGGGAUUCAAACGCAACCAAGAGAAGCAGUACUGGACACUUCCUAUGAGCUCACUGACUAUGAUUUUUUGCAUGCAAAAUGCUGUAGAUUUUCAUUGUUUAUGACCUAUAUAGCAAGAGUAGAUACAGUCUACUCUUGCCUAUACACAAUGUAGUAACUCUAUAAUUCAAUUUCCAUUGUCUUUUGUAGGCUGUGAAUAAUUAAUUGCAUUAGGGAAUACAUUCUGGAAAAGGGUCGCUUGCUCCACUUGCAAUUUAUUAUUGUUCACUCUAUUUGAUGCACACCUACAUUGUACGGCUAGUGCGAAGUGUACAAGCGCCAGCUACUGUUUUCCAAGAGCUUGUAUUGUAUGGAUGUUCAAACGGAAGCGAUCUGAUAGACCGAUCACUUUGUGUAUUGGUGCUCAUCCCUCUGCAGGUGCCAAGAUGCCGCUUGCAAAGUCCUUCCCGUUCCAGCCAGUGUCUGUCAAACAUGAAGAUUCAGAGGACAUGAUUACAGACAAAGAUGAGGUGCCUCCAAAACCACAGCCCCAGCAAACAGAAGAACAAGAGACAGAAUACAAUCUAAUGACCAUGAUUGAGAAAAGCAGUGCCGUGUCCCGCGCUGACUCGUCUCAGUUUGAGCUGCUCAAAGUUCUUGGACAGGGAUCUUUUGGGAAGGUGUUUCUCGUUAGGAGGAUCAUUGGAAAAGAUGCCGGCAAGCUGUAUGCUAUGAAGGUUCUCAAGAAAGCGUCAUUGAAGGUGCGAGACCGGGUGCGUACUAAGAUGGAGAGAGAUAUUCUGGUGGACGUUAGACAUCCGUUCAUAGUUCACUUGGAGUAUGCCUUUCAGACUGAGGGCAAGCUGUACCUUGUUCUAGAGUUUCUGAGAGGGGGCGACCUCUUCACUCGACUCUCUAAGGAGGUGAUGUUUACUGAAGACGAUGUCAAGUUCUACCUGGCAGAGCUGGCCUUGGCGCUGGACCACCUCCACACACUGGGGAUCGUUUACCGAGACCUCAAACCAGAGAACAUACUGUUGGAUGCUGAGGGACACAUCAAACUGACAGACUUUGGACUGAGCAAGGAGGCAGUAGAAGACCGCAAGACUUUUUCAUUCUGUGGCACAGUUGAGUACAUGGCACCUGAAGUAGUGAACAGGAAGGGUCACGGCACCACAGCUGACUGGUGGUCCUUUGGAGUGCUCAUGUAUGAGAUGCUGACGGGCUCCCUCCCUUUCCAAGGAGAGAACAGAAAGGCAACAAUGACAAUGAUUCUCAAAGCCAAGCUUGGUAUGCCUCAGUUCCUCUCCCCCGAGGCACAGUCUUUGCUGCGUGUACUGUUCAAGAGGAACCCUCAGAACAGACUCGGCCAUGGCCCCAAUGGAAUUGAGAACAUCAAGGCUCACUUGUACUUCAAGAGCAUCAACUGGGAUAGGCUCUAUCAGAGGAAGGUGGUGCCGCCUUUCAAGCCUGCUUGCGGACGUGCUGAUGAUGCUUUCUAUUUUGACACUGAGUUCACUUCAAGAACACCGCGAGACUCCCCCGGUGUGCCGGUGAGUGCUACCUCUAAGGAGCUGUUUCGUGGCUUCAGUUACGUUGACCCCACUCUCAUGGAUGAAGAGAGGAGACUGUCGCUACCAGGCCAAGGUCCACAGUCCACAGUACACAUGUCAACUCUGGGCUCCCCACUUCCCGUCCGUACCACCUCCAUCACUGACGACUACGAUAUCAAGGAGGAUAUCCUCGGCUACGGCUCUUACUCCACCUGCAAGAGAUGCAUCCACCGAGGCUCCAGCCUCGAGUAUGCCGUGAAGAUCAUUGAGAAGAGUGCAUCAAUGAGAGAUGUUGAUGAGGAGAUUGAGAUUUUGCUUCGUUAUGGCCACCACCCCAACGUUAUUGAGCUGAGAGAUGUGUACGAUGACGGGUUCAAGGUGUACAUGGUGAUGGAGCUGAUGAAAGGAGGGGAGCUCCUCGACAGAAUUCUCUCACAAAAACAUUUCUCAGAGAGAGAAGCAGCCAACGUCUUGUUCACUCUGACGUCCACGGUGCAGUACCUACACCAGCAGGGGGUGGUUCAUCGUGACCUCAAGCCCUCCAACAUUCUCUUUGCCUCUGCCUCCAGCUCUCAAGAGUCGCUGCGUAUUGCCGACUUUGGGUUUGCCAAGCAACUGAGGGCAGAGAAUGGCCUGCUCAUGACCCCCUGCUACACGGCCAACUUUGUGGCUCCCGAGGUCCUCAAGAAGCAAGGCUAUGAUGCAGCCAUUGACAUCUGGAGCCUAGGCAUUCUCCUCUACACCAUGCUCUCAGGGACCACUCCCUUUGCCAGUGGACCCGAGGACACAGCUCAACAGAUCCUCUCUCGUAUUGGGGAGGGCAAGAUCCCACUCUCUGGUGGUAACUGGGACUCUGUGUCACCCUCAGCCAAGGAUUUGGUCCUGAGGAUGCUUCACGUUGACCCUAACCAGCGAUGGUCAGCAGCUCAGAUACUCUCCCACCCAUGGAUCACCUCUAAAGAGUCACUGCCCGAGUCCAAACUCACCAUUAGGGACAACACAAUCAAGGCGGCAGUGGAAGCCACUUUCACUGCAGUCAACAACGGGGCACCGUCGGCCCAGUUGGAGCCUGUGGGAAAGUCGUUUCUAGCCAAGAGGAGACACCACAAGAAGAGCUCCACUUCAUCUUAGAGCGAACUGAAUGGCGAUGUUCACACUAUAUCUCUGUCAAUGUCUAGAGUCUCAUUGUUUUACACACGAAAAUUAUUAAUUAUGCAGAAUUAUUUUGUCUUGUGUACGUGUAGAAUCAAUCUUAUAAUUGUAUGAAUCUGUUGCACAAAAAUUUUAUCAAGAGUUUAUUUGAAAAAAGUUUACAAG